GGUGUUGUAAUAAUUUGCUCAUGCGCAAGGCCUAAACUUAAAACGUUUCGUCAAUCUUGUUCGCAGAGGCCUCCGGGAGAAAUCAGAAGGUGAGCCAGCCUUAAUCACAGCUGUCACACUCUCUCUUUUCGCAUUUUCGGAAACCGUUAUUGAGCUAGGCUCCCACACGUAAAAGCCACAAAGUUGGAAUUUCAUAGUCAUUUACCCUCAGAACCAUCGAAAGGACAGCUUUUUUAUACAAAACGAGAGGUGGAACUUUCAGAAACACUGUCAGAACGUUUUUGUUCAAAAAAGACGUGGCCCGGACCUUAAAGCCUAUUGCGAUUAGAUCUAGAUGGUAUCACGUGGAUGAGUGACGGAUGGCAUUCCUUUGUCCUGUCAUCUGGUACUAAUGCGCAUGCAUUUAGCUGGUUUUCAUCUUGAAACAAGCAAAUCUUGCAGGUCGUUCUAUACGAGGUAUGGAAGCCUAACAGCCUGAUCUAUGUGACGCUGGGUGACCCUUCGGGCAGCAUUCUGCUCGCGAUUACCUGCUGUGAGGAGAAAGUGGUUCAUUUUCUAGACACCAGGUUACAGCCUAGUGCUUAUUUCUAAGAGCAGGUAGCUGAAGAAGUAGUUCGCCAACAUAUGUCUUUUAGAGAUGGUCCACUGGCAAGCCCUUUAGAGAAGAAUUGGGUACCAUUUCGAGUGAGGUCGUUGUACAAGGUACUAUCCACUAGUGGCUCAUCAGUCGCCCCUCAAGUAUGUCGCCUGUGUAACUCCACAAGAGGAGAGGCUUGUAAUUCGGUGAAUGCAACAUGCGGUGUACAUCAUAAAUACUGUUUUGCAUUCUGGACUAAUGACAGCAAUGGAGUGGUGGUAUCAAACGCAGGCUGUUGGGAUCAAAAUGACGACUGUGAGACAUCAUCUUGUGUGGGAAGGAAAGUUAACAAGAAAAACAAGACUGCAUUUUUCUGCUGUUGCAAUGCAAGCUUUUGUAAUCUUGAGUUGAGUGUGGCAACCACUGAGUCUCCGAUUGAUGCCACAGCACCAACUCGUGAUCCAGCUGUGACUAGCACCAGUUCAACAACCAGAGAUCCCCCGACAACAACUAAAAACAAGACAAUACAUACCUUGUUGUACUCAGUGGUGCCAAUAUUUGGACUGGCUGUUGUUCUGGUGUUUGGCUUUUUUAUGUACCAUAGACAUAAAACUACAUUUCCAACUCGUGUCAGUCGUGAAGAAGAACCGCUACACACAAUACCUCCAUCGCCAGAACUUAGUGUUAGACCCAUUCAAUUAGUCGAAGUUAUUUCUCAGGGACAGUUUGGUACGGUAUGGAAGGCAAACUAUCUAGAAGAUGAAGUUGCAGUUAAAGUUUUUCCUAUUUCCCACAAAUCAGCUUGGGUCUGUGAGAAGGACAUCUACACAUCUUGCAACAUGAAGCACGAAAACAUUCUUAAAUUUGUCGGAGUAGAGAAACACACUGAUGGUUUGUAUUCUGAACUGUGGUUGAUAACAGAGUACCAAGAGAAUGGUUCGCUGGCCGAUUACCUGAAGAGCCACGUACUAAACUGGCCACAGCUGUGUGAUAUGGCUGGAAGCAUGGCCAGUGGUCUUUCAUACCUGCACACUGAAAUACCUGGGGCUUUCUUUAAACCAGUCGUAGCACACAGGGAUUUCAAAAGUAAAAACAUCCUUGUCAAGAAAGACCUUAGCUGUUGCUUGUCUGACUUUGGCCUAGCGAUGACAUUUCAAUCAGGCGGGGAUCCUGGAGAGACACAUGGCCAGGUGGGUACAAGACGUUACAUGGCGCCUGAAGUGCUUGAAGGAGCCAUCAGCUUCACACGAGAAUCAUUUCUGCACAUUGAUGUAUAUGCAUUUGCCCUUGUUCUCUGGGAAUUGGCCUCAAGAUGUUCUGCUGCUGAUGGCCCAGUGGAUGAAUACAGGUUGCCAUUUGAAGAAGAAGUAGGAUCUCAUCCAUCGUUAGAGGACAUGCAACAGGCUGUAGUACACAAAAAGAUCAGGCCAAAGUUUAGACCAGACUGGUUUGUACACACGGGUAUGGCCGGUUUGGUUCAAACAAUUGAGGAGUGUUGGGAUCAAGAUGCAGAGGCAAGGUUGACUGCACAGUGUGUUGCAGAGCGAGUUGAUCAGUUCCACUCACUUUCAAAUUGUGGAUCAGAACAUUCUCCUAUUGUGACGACAGUGGUAAACAACACCAACAUUUCUCCAUCCUCAAAAGAGUCUACAAUAUAAACACAAGUGAAUAUUGCAAUCCAAAGCUUGUGUAGUGACCGGACAAUCUGACAUGAUUGCCGCACAGUCGGGAGCUCAAGGUCAUGCAGAUUGUCAAGCGAAAUUUGUGUAUGAAGCAGCAAAUGGACACAAGACAAGGCAAUAUGCUUCUACGUUUUUUAUCCAAGGAAAGGGCACUGUGUGUCUUUCACUGAUCAGUGAAUGUGUCCUGGUAACAACUUUUAUAAAAGUUCAAAUUUAUGUUCAUCCUGAUCAGUUUCGCAGUUGUUUUGCAUGAAGCUGUCUUGGCACAGUUUCUUUUGCAAUGCAAAUGCGAAGUGAAAUUGAUGGGAGUCAAGUGCAGAAAUUAAAAACUUCCACAUAUCCAAGCACUCUGUGCUAUAAACAUGGUGUAUGGUUUAGGUUUCAAAAUCACCUUCUCAGUUAAAACAGGUACUUAUUACUGUUGUACUGUACUUUUACCAUUGUUAUUUACUUACCAUAUGUAGAUACAUUUAUUUUAUUUACCCCAAGUGUUAUAUUUAUCACUUUAAACGUAGAUGAUCCUAAUGAUCUAUACUCGGUGAUAUGGAUGGUACUCUCAGUGAAGUGCAUGUAGUAUUCAAAGAGCCAAGGGGCAGAACAGCUUUCAUUUACCAGGUGUAUCCCUGAGUAAAAUGGCAUGGGGGUGUAUGUUACAUUGUAGGUAUGUAUCCCCACUAUGUGACCAUAAAUGAAAGCUAUUGAGCAGUACUUUCAUAGGUACUGUUUGUUUUUCCUUUUUUUUAUUUUUAAUAUUUUGCGGAAAAAAAGUAAUUAUUUUUAACCUUGAACACUCUUGGGAAUGAGGGAAUGAAAUGGACAAUCUGGAAUUCAUGUCGUAUCCUGACACUGUAGUUUAGACAUUGACCUGUUGCUGUGAUAUCUGCUGUCGUUUUGAGGGUUGAAGGCAUUCAUGUUCUUUCCACUCAAAUAAUCUGAUUUGCUACUAUUUAAAAGCAGAAAUUGCUGCACUAAUUAAGCCAGAACAGUUUAUCUCUAACAGUUUCUCCCAGUACUGAACGGUAGUGAGAGAAUGAAUACCGUCGCCUAACAGAUUAUCUUCCUCUGUAUAUUCGUAAUAUAUUGUCCAUAAUCAAGAAAAAAAUUUCAACUGUAUCUAUUCAAGACAUUAUUCUCAAGUAGGUCUGUAAUACAACAUUAAUUAAUGUGACCAGGAAAGGGUGUGCUCUUUCCUUUUUUCCAGCAAUGUACUCCAUAAUCAAGUGUACAGACAUGAGAACGACCUCUUUUAAUCUGUAAAUAGUUUUAAGUAUUUUUACUAUUACCACAAUGUUGUCAUAUCUUACAAUACGAACUUGAUGUUCUUUCAUACACAUUUAACGCAUUUAUCUGUAAAUAGUUUUACCUAUAGCUCGCACAGAGCGUAAGAAUUAAACAAACCUCGCCCAGAGCUCUUUCUUGCCCAUGGAGAAAGGAGCCUGGGUACGAGAUUAGAUUGAGCCAUAUCAUGUUUGAGAAUAAGCUAGAGGUUUAGCUAUUAAACUUGAAACUUCUACGUAC